GUCACAUUAUACGUACUGGUUUUAACGUAGUUGGAGUCGUGUUUGGGUCGGUUUGGAUGAGUGCUUGUGCUAAUUUUAUCGAUUCACUUAGCUAUUUGCCGCUUUCAGUAAAGCAUUAUUAGACAGUGGUGCAAUAGAACAGCACCUUCUACUCAAAAUACUGGGAUAAGCGGUCUCUUUUUCACCCGGAAGAGCAGCUCAGUAGUAUGAAAAUGACAAUGACAGCAGGAGCAUAGAAAACACGAAACCGGGUUCUCUCAUCAUUUUUGACAGCCAUGGAGUUACUUCCUGUGCUUGACCCAGUAGAUAAGCCAAAAGGAGGACUAUGGUAUUCUCUGAUACCCAGAGGAAGUGCUCCAGGUGUUAGUGUGGGUCACACCUGCACCUAUAUCCCAUCUGAAGAUGAAGGAAAAGGCAGAAUCCUGAUUGUUGGAGGAGCAAACCCAAGUGGCAGUUUCUCACAUUCAGAUAUCAUAAAUCUAGAUAACCACGAAUGGGACAUCCCAGAAUGGGAAGGCUUGGAGCCACGUUAUGAACACUGCUGCUUUGUGCCAGAAAGCUGCCCUCAGAGCUUGUGGGUGUUUGGAGGGGCACAGCAGAGUGGCAAUCGCAACUGUAUACAGAAUUUACAGCUAACAGACAGUGAUUCUUGCUGGAAAAGUGUAUCAGUGAAUGGCAAGCCCCCCAGUCCCAGGACAUAUCACACCAACUCGGCCUGCCUCGGGGACAGACUUUAUGUCUUUUCUGGUGGGGAAGCAGGAGCUGCACCGGUCUCAGACCCAGCACUUCAUAUAUUUGAUACAGUGUCUUCCGCCUGGUCCCAACCAGAAACUCAAGGCAAACAGCCACCAGCCAGACAUGGCCACGUUAUCGUAGCAGCAGGUCCAAAGAUCUACAUUCACGGAGGCAUGGCUGGGGAAAAAUUCUACAACGAUAUGUACUCUCUUGAUACAAGAAACAUGAAGUGGGAGAAGGUGCAGACCAAAGGAGACAUCCCACCAGGAGUAGCAGCCCAUUCAGCUGUGGCGCUGGGCAAGAACAUCUACAUAUUUGGGGGGAUGACUGCAGAUGGAGCAGGCAACUCCAUGUACAGAUUCAACACAGACAAGAGUCGAUGGGCCCUAAAGAAGUUUGAAGGUGAUUUGCCCCCCAACCGUCUGGACCACUCCAUGUGUUUACUGCCUUGGAAGAUGUGUAAGGAAAACAAAGAGCAAUCUGGAAACCCAGCAGCAUCAGAGACAAUAUAUUUAGCCUUUGUAUUUGGAGGGAUGGACACCCAGGGUGUCAUUCAUAAUGACUGUGUUGUUACAGUGGUUACAUGAUGGAACAUUUUUCAAAACACUCAUGCAUUGAAGAUGCUUUUUUUUUUACCAUUAAUGAAGAUCAGAGCUGAAGAAUAAAUCUUUGUGAUACAA